AUGGCACGGGAAGUCAUUGACUUGAUCUCAUCAAGUCCCCCACCACCCCCGGAGUCACCUCCUCUGUUUUUCAAUGACGACGUCCCGAGCGGUCAACGGACAGAGUCCUGCGCGAGCGAGCCGCACCGGGUGGAUCUGGAAUGCUUAUCCGACGAGUUCGACACUACAAUUGACAUUGACGAGUUGAUCUCACUCCCUUCAUUCGACAAAAGCUCACACGCAAAUUCAACAAACAACAUCACGUCCACCAAACAAUCGACCCAUAUCUCGAUCGAAACGGCGGACGCAACGAGGCAGCGGAUCAUCCAAGAGACAAUAACCGACAUUCACAGUGAUGAUUUUGACAGUGCGAGCGAAAAUGGCGAACCAAGAAUAUACGAGUCAACGAGCAACGGUAACAAACGAAGACGAGUGUCCGAUUGGGUGAACCCGAAAGAUCCCCCUACACUAGAGACCAGCGACCCGUUCUGCUCGUCUCAGAAAGAAGCGCGAUUAGAUGGUAACCAGCAUAAAAGUCCUUACUCUGCCAAUGGUCCUGUCGAAAUCUUGAGCUCCCCAGAGCGGCCACCCACCGCGCGGAGCAAGCCGGGACUGCCCUUAAUGACCAUCGAAAACCCCCCCACGACAUCAUUUACGACGAGUUUCCAGAGCAGCCCAGACCCGUUCAAGAGCCCGAUACCACAGAACAUACCCUGUUCUAACCCACCGCAGUCACAUGUACCUGAGCAUGUAGAGUCGUCGAACCCCUUUGCCAGUUCUCCUGGCGAGAAACGUGCCAAGGAAACUGCACCCAAGGCUGCUCGCUUUGCAGACAUUGAAAUUGUUAGCAGUGCGCAGAGCCCACAAGGUUUCAAAUCGAACAUUGCAUCGAGACAGGAUUGGGACCCCAUCUCAAGCUCAGCACCCGAGAUAGGAUCGCAUACAUUGCCAGACUUACGGAGGCAGAAGAGUACGGCAGGAGUUACGAUUUCAGUGGACUCUGAUUCGUCAGUCCAUGGAUUUGAAAGCGAGUCGGAUGAAGAUGAAGAUGAGCUACCUGAUAUCAACGCGCUGAUAGCAGCUCCCCGGAAACGACCCUCCCUCCACCGAUCAUACAGCGACAAUUUUGUGUCGAAGAGCCGUUCGAAAGCGUCGAAGCCCACAAAGUCUAGCGCCGACAGGGCCCGCGAGCGUGAUACAAAAGCAGCGGCCACGGCUGCCGAGAAGGCCAGGAAGCAGCGCGAGAGGGAGCGAGACAAAGCGGCCAAAGCUCGCGACAAGGAGCGAGCGGCUGCCCUGGCCGAGGUCAACAAGUUACGCACGGAUAAGAAAAUCUCAACUCCCGAAAUGCUCGUCGACCUGUCGACGAACCUGAACCCAACGACGAGGACGCAGGUGGAGCCUCUUCUGAAGGCACUGGAUGUGGAAUUCUCAACAUGGGAAAGCCCGGUGGACAAUGUCGUCAAGUGGAGGCGGAAAGUCACCAGUCGGUUCAACGAAGAUCUGGGCCAUUGGGAACCUGUCCCUCGACGCAUUGUGAACGAGAAGCAUGUUGCUGUAAUCAUACUGGCCGAUGAAUUCGUUCAGCUCGCCCUCGGCGGGGGGUUGGAUGAUCAUGUCUCUAAGAUGACGGAACACUUCCCAAACUACCAACUCAUCUAUCUUAUCGAAGGCCUUCAUGUGUGGAUGCGCAAAAACCGCAAUGCUCGGAACAGGCAGUUCGUUUCUGGCGUGCGCGUCCAGGAAGGUGCUGGCCCCUCCAGUAGCAGGCGGAGAAACGCGCCGGCCACGGAGUAUGUGUCGGAGGAGACGAUCGAGGACGCACUCUUGCAGCUGCAGGUGAUGCACGAUGCUCUCAUUCACCACACCACGAUACCACUGGAGACGUCGCAGUGGAUCACAGUGCUCACGCAGCACAUAUCUACGAUACCAUACCGGAAGCAAAAGGACCAGGCGACAAUGAAUGCGGCGUUCUGCAUGGAGUCUGGUCAGGUCCGCUCGGGGGACAACCCCAAGGACACGUAUAUUCGCAUGCUACAGGAGAUUUCUCGCGUAACAGCACCAGUAGCAUACGGGAUCGCGACCGAGUUUGCCACCGUUUCUGAGCUCGUCAAUGGCUUGGAAAGUGGAGGAGCAAAUCGGCUGGAAGCCGUGAGAAAGAGCGCCAACAAGGAUGGGGUAAUGUCCGAUCGAACAGUCGGCCAAGCCAUGAGCAAGAGGUUGCAUAAAGUCUUCACGGGACGGGAUGAAUCAAGUGCAGAUGUUUAG